AUGGCUGGUGAGUUCCUUGCAGACAUAACCAUCCGAAGCGUGACAAAAGCUGGCAUUGUCUAUGUGUCAUCAAGCCCGGAUUUGAAUGUCCUUGGAAUUGAAACAAUCGAUCUAUUCCAUCUAUGGUCGAUUCCUUUCAACUCACUGGUCAAUGCUGUGCAUCAGAAGCCGGAAGACAUUGAGCAAAAGCUGCGUACGAAGUCCCCGGAAGUGUUCCAGAGCACACUUGGCCGGUGUACCAAAGCAAAAGUUAAACUCUACCUGAAGCCCAACGCCCGUCCCGUGUACUGUCCCAAGAGACCAGUUGCAUAUGCUGCUCUUCCCAAGGUGGAUGCCGAACUUCAACGUCUUCAGGACAAGGGAAUUAUCUCACCAGUGAAGUUUUCCGACUGGGCAACUCCAAUAGUAGUGGUCCGUAAGUCAGACAACGUUUCCGUCCGUAUCUGUGGCGACUAUUCUACAGGGUUAAACAAUGCGCUAGAAUCAGAUGCCCAUCCGCUACCACAUCCAGAUGAUAUUUUUGCUGAUCUAGCUGGCUGCCGUUAUUUCUCCCAACUCGAUUUUUCUGAUGCGUACCUGCAAGUCGAGAUUGAAGAGGAAUCACAAAAGUAUCUGACGAUAAACACUCAUCAAGGACUGUUCAAAUACAACCGUCUGCCGCCUGGAAUCAAGUCCGCUCCUGGUGCCUUCCAAAGGAUUAUUGACAGUAUGGUCGCUGGUAUUCCUGGAGUAAAACCGUAUCUAGACGAUAUCAUGAUUUCUGGUAAGACAAAAGAAGAACACAAUCGAAGCCUUCAUGAGGUCCUGGAGCGGAUCAAAACGUACGGUUUUCAUCUGAAGAUCGAAAAAUGUCGAUUUGGUCUAUCACAAAUUAAGUUCCUAGGCCAUAUCAUCGACAAAGACGGCUUACGACCUGAUCCCGCGAAGACAACCGCAAUUUCGCGAAUGCCAGCUCCAACCAACGUAUCACAGCUUCGAUCGUAUCUUGGAGCUAUCAAUUAUUAUGGGCGUUUUGUCAAGCAGAUGAAAGAGCUAAGAGCACCCAUGGAUUAUUUACUGAAACAAACGUGA